AUGCUUGUUCCUACACCCACAACCCUAUACCCACCGCACCCAAUCCCUCCAUCCACCAAAAGUUCCUCCAAACUUCUAGAACCAUCAUCCGAAGUUCCAGAACCUUCUCCUUCUUCCAACCCACAUGCCAAGUUCACGCCUUUGGAGCAGCAAGUGGUGGACCUCAAGAAGAGGUACCCAAAUGUCCUUUUGAUGGUGGAAGUCGGUUACAAGUACCGGUUCUUCGGCCCAUAUGCCGAAAUUGCUGCGAAGGUUUUGGGGAUUUAUGCCCAUAUGGAUCACAAUUUCUUGACUACUAGUGUGCCCACUUUCUGGUUGAAUGUCCACGUUAGGAGGUUGGUGAGCGUUGGGUACAAGGUUGGCGUGGAGAGGUCUGUGGGGAAUGAGGGAGAAGAAAUCAAAAGGGGAGGGGGGCAUGGUCACAUUUACCCUAAACGAUGGGACCAAUGA